AUGAGUCAGCUUAUGAACGGGGCGAUCAGGAUCGCUGUUGCGUUGAUGGUUAUGGCGGCGGAGAUUGACGUGUCGUUGACCGUUCGCAUUUUCGAGGAACUAACACAAGUUCAGCCAAAACCAAAUGGGCUUUACUCAGUGCAGAUGAGGUCGGGUUUGAACGUCUUUACCAGUCCCCUUAUCAAGACUAAGAGAUGGCAACGCUCUUAUUUUUAUGUCAAAGCAGACGAUGCUGGAUUCGUUGACCCGCUAGAAGUCGAUCGCCGGGUUUUAUGGAGUAGCAGCAUUGGUAGAUCGUCUUGUGUCGACCUGUUCCUCGUCGUGGGGUUGAUUCUAACUUUUCUUUUAAAUUUUUCUUUUUUGCAGUUGGUCAUCCAAACACCUUUGGUCCUUGGGACGCUUUUCGGAGGGACUUACCGAAGAUUGUCGUGCUCCGAUCCCAAGAGUGGAAGGACUUUGACCGCAAAAGAAUUCGUCGUCAACGAAGACGCAUCGCUAACGGUUCGUCUCUUUUAUAUAUUUUUUUUUUAUUUUUCCUCUCUUCUCGACCAAUCAAUUGAUUGUCAUUAUCUCUUCCUGUUUUUUUUUUUAUAUAUCUUUCCCUCUCUUUUUGUUUUGGCAGUCGAUUGGGCGGCGGACAUUCCUUGCGAGGAACCGAAGGGGAAGAAAAGACUAAAACUUCCGAUCAUGGGAACUCCUUCUAGAGUGUAUCCAGACUACAGCGAGAUCUUGGCUGCUCAACUGAGGGACGCAAACUUCGGCCCUUCAGUGAACAUGGAUGGGACGGGCAGCGCAGUUGCGGAUACAUCGAUCGAUCGGGCGCCAGCGCCGGUGAUCAUUACAGUUGAUUCUGGCGUCGAGGGACCCGUUGACGUUCGUCCGCCGAAGAAAAAGAGAAAGAGGACUAAGUCUUCCAAAGAGGUGACGGCUGACCCUCCUUUGGAUGGAGAUGAAACUGAGGCUGCUCAAACGCAACUCGAACCAAUGGGUGGUGACGAGGUGGAAGAAGGUGAUGAAGUUGCUCCCAUAGAGGGUUUUACGGGUCCGCCCGAAGAUGAAUCGUCGGGAGGGGAGGCCCGGGAGCCUGGUGAGGUGACUCGUCCGAUCGAUGGUGGGAUGCAGACAACUCUAUCUGUUUCUGAGUUUGCGUUUGCAGACAAAUUUGCUGAAUCACUUCGUGCGGAUGCGGAGGCUGCUGCUCGGAAGAAUGCUCUCGUGAUGGAAUACGAAAAAGCUUUGCAGAAGUUGACAUUGGAUCUUAAGGAAGCGGAAGGGACGAUCAAGGUAAAAGAGGCUGGGCUUGAAGCGGCUAGAAAGGAGAAGCACGAUAGGGAUAAGGAGCUGGCCGCUGAGCGAGGUCGCUAUUCCCGCGAGCGUCGGCAAGCGAUCCAGACGGCCGCGGAUCUUGAGGAGGAGUUAGAGACCGCCCGAGACAUAAUUUCUCGGCUAGAGGCGGAGAAGGUCGAGGAACUUGAGAAGACGAAGAGAGCGAUGGAUCGCACGAGACAAUCUCGCAAUCGCGAGCUUUUAUCCGAGAGAAGUUGCGUGGUUGCUGCGGCUAAUAGGCGUUUCGACAAAUUUCGGAAGUAUAUUGCCGAUCGAGAUGAAAAGGAGGAGAAGCGUCUACUCCAUGGUACAGCUCUUGGAACCUUGGACGCGUUGAGUUUAUUGGAGACCAAGGGACUGUCUGUCCCGCAACAACUAAAAGAUCUUUUGACUGCUAACGAGGAGAAGUUCAGGAAAGAGGUAGAAAACGUUAGUGUUGAAGUUAUCGCGGAGCGCGAUCUUGCUCUCUCACCUCCUCGUAGGGACUUGCUUCCUUAUGGGAACCAGUUUGGAUCAACCUUCGGCACCGUUGAUUCUGAUUCUGCGAUGGCUCUUCGAUCUCCUUUCCUUUGUGGUGAGAGUGCGACCGCUGCUCUGGAUCCGGCCAUUGCCUGUCGAUCGGCGGCUGUCACGUCCGAUGGUCGUGCGGUUACUCAGGACAGUCUCGGGGUUCCUGCGCCUGCGAGGGUCACGGAAGCAGGAAGUGUUGUUUCGUCGGAAGUAGCCAUUGAAGAAUAGUCUUCAAGGGUUGACCGUGCUACCCUGUUGUUGUUUUACUACUUAUGUUUUUUUUUAUUUAGCACCUUUUGUUAUGGCCUCCGAACUCUGUUCCUUUUGGUCGGCCGCUUGCUGUUGCAUUUGGUUUGAAACCGUUGUUGUAUCUUUUGGAUCUUCUUUAUUCUCCUAGUUUCAGACGCUCUCCCUUUAAGUUCUAUGUAAUAUGUUAUCUCAGCUUCUUGUGAUGGAGGUCCGAAAUGGUUCGUGCCAAGGUCAUGUGUGCAUCUUUUUGACAAAGAGCAGAUUAGCCUUUGGAGCAAGGCUGCUAGAGAAGCGACCACGACUAGUUGCGAGCAAUGUGCGAACUUAUCUUAGGAUCGAAAAGAACUUUGGCGCAAUGAGCCCGUUGAUCUUUGAACUUAAGCUCGAGCUUCUUGGUGGUCGUCGUGUAUGUAUGAUCUCAGGCUUCUUUGGCCGUCGAGCAAAUGACGGGGUUUUAAACCCGCGAGAAGCUUCCGUUGAUGGAGCUGUGAGAAGCUUUCGUUCGCGCCAUGUCUUUGGCGAGUACUCCAAUUAGGCGACUUUGGCCUCAAAAGUGGAGGACCGAGAAGCUCCUGUUGAUGGGGCUUUAUCACGGAUUUGCCAUUGAUGCUGAUGGUGAGUCCGGGCCGUGCGAUGUGUAGUUAUCCAAGUCGAUCGGAAGUGACAUACAAGCGUUCGCGCGGGGCCUUUGGUGAGGACUCCAACCUAUGUAUUUAUUUUUUUUUGUUUGGAGUAUGGCUGGACCUGAUGACAGGCUGCCUACGUACCCCUGGUAAAGGGAUCAAGCCAAUCGUAGUUCGAUUUGCCCGAACGGCGUCUUGGUCAUUCACCAUAAGUUAAGGCAAAAGUGACGAAGACGUGCUCAUUCGGUGUUUGGACAGAAGUGACGUGGUGUCAUCUGUCUGGAGCUGGGCAAAAGUGACGUAUUGUCAUUCGCUCGGCUCUAAGCGAAAGUGAUGGUAAGGUCAUUCGCUCCUUUUUUUUUUGUUUGGAGUAUGGCUGGACCUAAUGACAGGCUGCCUACGUACCCCUGGUAAAGGGAUCAAGCCAAUCGUAGUUCGAUUUGCCCGAACGGCGUCUUGGUCAUUCACCAUAAGUUAAGGCAAAAGUGACGAAGACGUGCUCAUUCGGUGUUUGGACAGAAGUGACGUGGUGUCAUCUGUCUGGAGCUGGGCGAAAGUGACGUAUUGUCAUUCGCUCGGCUCUAAGCGAAAGUGAUGGUAAGGUCAUUCGCUUCUUUUUUUUUU